AUGCCAGCUCCACCCAAACAGCGGAAGAUUGCGAUUGUCGGCAGUCGCUCUGUUGGAAAAUCGUCACUGACGGUGCGCUUUGUGGACGGCCAUUUUGUCGAGAGCUAUUAUCCCACCAUUGAAAACACUUUCAGCAAAGUUAUCAAACAUAAGGGCCAGGAGUAUGCGACGGAAAUCAUUGAUACCGCGGGGCAGGACGAGUACAGCAUUUUAAAUUCAAAGCAUUUUAUCGGGAUUCAUGGUUAUAUGUUAGUCUAUUCUGUUGCUUCCACUCAGACAUUUGAGAUGGUUCAGGUGAUAAGAGACAAGAUUCUCAACCAUCUGGGGUCUGAAUGGGUUCCAAUUGUCAUUGUUGGGAACAAGAGUGAUUUAAGGUCUGAGCAAAGACAAGUUACAGCAGAGGAGGGCAAGGCGCUGGCCGAGAAGUACCAGUGCGCCUGGACAGAAGCGUCGGCAAGAUAUGAUGAGAAUGUGGCUAAGGCGUUUGAACUCAUGAUCGGUCAAGUCGAGAAGUCACAGAACCCGAAUGAGCCAACAGGAGGCAACAAGUGCUUGGUUAUGUGA